AUGCCCUCCUUCAACAAACUCGGCCAGAAGCCGACGCACAAGGAGCGCGCUCAGCCGCUGGAGAGGAAACAUUUGGGACUUCUCGAGAAGCACAAGGAUUAUUCCCUACGAGCCAAAGACUUCAACAAGAAAAAGGCCUACCUCAAGACGCUGCGCCAAAAGGCGGCCGAGCGCAACGAGGAUGAGUUCUACCACAAGAUGCUGUCCCGGACCGGGCCCGGUUCCGCCCUGACCAAGGGCGCAAAGGGGCGUAACUUCACCGGCACCGUGUCUGGCGACAGGGGCAACAAGAGCAUGGACGUCGACGUCGUCCGGAUCCUCAAGACCCAGGAUAUGGCAUACGUCAGGACGCUGCGAAAUACCCUGGCCAAGGACGUGCGGCGGUGCGAGGAGAGACUGGCCAUCGCUGAAAGCUUUGCGGGCGUCCCGCACGAGGACGUCGGUGGUGGUGACGAGGGCGGGAGCGGAAGCGACGACGACGAGAGGCCGGCCAAGAGGAGGAAGGCCAGCAAAAUCAAGUUCUUCGACGAUGAGACCGACAGGGACCGUGCUGCUGAAGACGCUGCACCCGACAACGCGGACAAUGAUGAUGGCGACGAUUUUGAGGGUUUUGGGGACGAGGAUGGCGGGGACGGCGAGGAGAUGACCGAGGAUGAGAAGAGGGCUCUGAAACUCGAAAGGCUGCGGAGGAACCUCCGCAACGCCAGGCGCAAGCUAAAGGCUCUGGCCGAUGCCGAGGCCGAGCUGGAUUUGCAACGUGUGCGGAUGGCGAAGACUGCGACGAGGGGGGCUGUCACAAAGUCUGGGAAGAAAAUCAAAAAGGUGUUUGAGCGGAAGAGGUAG